CUCUUCUCAAUGACAACCACAGUUCACUGUCAAGAUGUCCUUACCCUCGCCUAUAAAUUCAGCAAACGGCUAGUUCAACACCCAUCACUUCAUCAGCUCAUCCACAAACUAAGCAUUGCAACAUCCAUAGCUCACUUCAGCUGAAAACACAAAGACCGAGAACCAACUAUGGCUGGCGCAAAGAGACUUGCCGAAUUGGCAAAGAAGUGGCAGAGGGUGGAAGCACUCGUGGGGAAGAGGCUCACAGUGUCAGCCAAGGAAGAUGAAGGUUGCUGCACUUCUGUACCAGCCAAGGGCCACUGCAUCAUGUACACGGCUGAUGGGAGGCGUUUUGAGGUCCCUUUGGUGUACCUCAACACGACGGUCUUCGGCGAGCUCCUGAGGAUGUCUCAGGAGGAGUUUGGCUUUGCAAGCGAUGGCAAGAUCACACUGACUUGUGAUGCCACAGUCCUGGAGUAUGUCAUGAGCUUGCUCAGGAGAAAUGCCUCCACUGAAGUCGAGAAUGCGCUGCUAUACUCUAUGGUGACCUUUUGCCACUACACUGGCUGUGUGAUGCCAGCUGUUGGAGCCAGCCAACAAAUUUGUUGUUUGUAGCUUCUGAAGAACAUGCAUGCAGGGACCCUGAUGCUGUCUUUUGUUUUGUGUAGUUUCCUGGGUAAUGUAAGAUAGUUAGAUAACAGAUAAUAGGAGACUGUAUGUACAACAAAUCAUGAUAACCAUUCUUUUCUUACA